AUGGGUCUCCGAUUGUACCAAGCGCCCGUCGAGUCCGACAUCCAAUCGAAGUCGGCCGCGGACAAGAGCUCUGCCGAAGCUCGAUCCUCCAUUAGACGCAGCCGCCUCCAAAAUUCUGAACGGGUGCAGCAACGCCGACGUCGCCUCGCCAUCACUGCUGCCAUUAACAGUGGCAAUGCUGCUGCUGCUGCGAGUUACAACUAUGAAAACUCCAGACGCCAAUCCCAUCCGGCCGAACCAUCAAGCGGCUCCAGCAGCGACAGCAACAGCAAUAGCAACAAUGCGCCCGACAAUGCGGAACCUAGUCGCGACACUGCGCUCGACGGAGCUAGUCGUUUAGGUGGUAUGCUCGAUGACCAGGUCAUUGCCUUGUUUGGCAGGCGGUUGGCUCACCUGCAUCCCAUGUCCCAGUACCCCGGCGCCCUCACCGACGAUGAGGAUAACGAGCCUAAUCCUUUCCUCGCGCCUAUGAGGGCGGCGGACCCAUACCUUGGGCAAAUGGCCGUUGAACCUGGCUUUCUAUAUCGUAGAGUGCCGCCGCCGCCACCGCCGCCCGUAGAACCUCGUACAUCGUCUCAGAUGAAUCGGGGUCCACCUCCCCCGAUUCGAGACCGCGCAGCUUUGCGUCGCAUCAGGGAUCGGAUCGCGGACCGGGCCUCGUCUUUGUACGGCACGUGGGGAAACCCUUAUCCAAGACCUGGCCCAAUUUCUGGUCGCCGCCGAGGUGAGCAGGCACCGUCUGUUGAGCCGCCGCAACUGGAUGGUUUGGGAGAUCGCAACCGGAGCCUCAGUCCCGAGGGCGACCAUGUGUGGGACCUUAUCACGACCACCCUGACGCCAGAUCCACUAACACCCAGCUCUGGCUCCUCGUUCGCUUCCGCAUCGGCAUCUGCGGUUGCCUCGCAAAAUGCAGCGGCACCCUCUGUCGGGACUUCUGUCACUGUCCCGGAUGCGCCCGUAGAAGCUGUGGAAGUAGUAGAGCUGUGUGAGUCGGAAAGUGAGAAUUCCGACACGGAAGGUGAUGAGGAGGACGAGCCGGACGUGAACCCGCUUACUCGUUUCCCCCCUAGCUUGAACAGCAUUCGACGGUCGUAUGCGGAUGUUACCCGCAGCAGUGAUAGCAGUGAUGAUUCUCUGGAGAUCUUGGGUGGUAUGGGAGGCCUGCAGCGCAUCGUGCGCAACCUUGCCACGCGCAAUGAUGUCCCUGAUGAGUGGUGGGCUGAGGCUGGGCUUAGCCGGAUGCUUUCACGAGCAUCUGGAAACUGA